AUGAAGCGCUUUAAAAGUGUAUUCAGGCCCAAAUCGGAUACUUCCGACCAUUCAUCUCGUCAUCUUUGGCAACGACUCUCUUCAGCGAAGCCACCAGAGACCACUGCCACAGAAACAAACGUCUCGUCUGAAGGAGCACCCGAUGACAAUGUCCAAGACCCUGAAGCUGAGCUCCCCGCCGAGCAACUACCUCGGUCCAAGUACGGAACCAAGCGUUUAAGGAAUAUGGUGGUCAAUCGCUUCCGGGGUAGCCAGUCCCAUGAAGACCACCCACUCACCGAUCUUGCCCAAAAUACACAGACAGAGACACCAAGAGGCAACACCGGCGACCCGUUGUCUUCGAAUCCCUUUGAACGGCCCCCCGAGUACCAAAACCCACCUCCCGGUAGAACUGUUCGAUUCGAUGAUCGAGUCCAAACUGCGCGACAGGUCAGUGGCGAGACAAGCCACUCUCAACAAUCUCAGGAAUCGAGCCAGACUGAGGACACGGUCCGUUGUCACCUGCCAGCGGGCCCGCAACCGGCAGACUGCCAACAUCCCCCAGAUUGCCCACAUCCUCCAGAGCAGCAACCCCCAGAGCACAUUAGGGUGUCUCUCGACGAUGAAUCGGUGGCGUGGGAUUGGCCAGGAUUGAUGUACAACCCCGAAGAAGGUGGGCGAGUUCGCGAACCCUCAGAUCCAUUUUCAGACGGAAAGGGCUCCGAGUAUCGGCAGGCAGGGUCAGUUCCACGUCAGGGACCAUCACCCGCCGCGCCCACCGCCGAUCCCUCGUCAGCUCCAAAACCCUCCAAACGUUCUCCAUAUCAAAGCCGAGAAGGUUCAAGUCGAGAUGGAUCGAUGGCUUCCGAAGGGCCACUGGAGCCGAUCCUCGAGAGUGACACCAUCGAGGAAAUCCCAAACAUCGACAAGAUUGUGACAGCCGAUGUACCUCAGCAUGCGUCUCGGCACUCGAACCCCCAAAAAUCCACACGGAGGGCAUCUUCAGCUAGUAGUAGUUCUAGCGACAAGAGACCCCCAAGUACGCUUAAUCCACCCAAGGCAAUUAUAAUUUUCAACCGCAUGGCAGCCCAGCAGCGUGUACAUGUUAGGAUUCAACCUGAUGGGAGUGGGUCGCUUACAACUAGCCCAACUAGCCCUAGCCCUCCCAACAGCAUCCCGCCGGUGACCGAGGCAGAAGGUUCAAGUCGUCGUGGAUUCUUUAGUCGACUUCGUAAGACGCGAUCCAGUCUGGAAACUAGGACUGAGCCCCACGCACCAAUUCACAGGCUGCGACGGAUGAAGACAAUCGCCAACUUCCGCCCAAAUCCGUUGACCUCGAUGGCCGGAAAAUCAGUGGAAACUUUGGCUCGUCUGGGUGGACAGAGCUUUCUCAUGAUACGGGAUUUGGGUCCAGCCCCGAUGCAACUGCCCGCAUGCAUGGUGGCAGCAGUGAUGUUUUUACACCGAUAUGGCCCCAAUCACCCUCAGGUGUUCACCCGGUGCCCCGACCCGAAAGCUGCCUUCCGCACGUAUGACGGUUGGGCGGAGCAUGUUCUCGAAGCCGAGAAACUGCCCGAUCGAAUCGAUUUGACCAUGCGCGUGGUCGGCAUGCCCCGAAUUGGGGCGCAUCAAGUGCCGGUAGAGAGUGUGGCCUGGGCCCUGAGAUAUUUGUUGGCGGGGCUUCCAUAUGGGAUUCUCGGGAGCGUCCGGCUCUACCAGACUUUGCGAGAUCUUUUCUAUGCGGCCUUUCCAGACCAAUCUGCCUUGCAAGUACCAAGCUGCCUUGCUGGGGUGACUCCAUCAGUUGCUAUCCGAGCUCAGUUUAUCGCACUUGCAGUGAUUGGGUUAUCAAGUGAAAUGCAGCGCGAUCUUAUCUGUGCGAUUUUUGGCCUGCUUGACUUUCUUCUCCACCCCGAGUCUACCCUUGAGGCACAACGAGCCCAGGAAACCGGGACCGAUGUCCGAGACCCAGUGGUGCCACCUGAUUUUCAACAGCUGGUUGUUGUCUUCGCUCCACUUCUGCUCGGGCAAUCAAGCCGAGGCAAAUUAGAAGUGGAACAGUCAGUGGAUGAAAGUCGUGUGGCCACACUGUUGAUUGAGCAUUGGCACAACGUUAACCGCCAGCUGAAAUAUUGGUGCAAAGACACACUAAUUCCAGGUCGGGAGUGA